GCGGCGCAGGUAGCCCCUCCCCUCCCCGCCGCCGUCCCGGCCCCGCCCCGCCCCGCCAGCAGGAUGGAGGGGGCCGGGGCUGGCGUGGUGCUGGGAAGAGGAAGCGCAGAGACGCUCUCGGGCGGCGGCGGCGGCGGGCGGGGUCACGAACUCUGACCUUUCACAGGGGCCCGGCAAACACCGUAACACAAAGCGCCCCCUGCCCCCCGCUCCGUGGCACAGCCCCGGCCCUCCCCCCCCCACCGCCCCCCGUGGGCCCCGCCAGCCCCUCACCGCCGCCGCCCUCGCGGGGGGCGGGAGGGCCGCCGUUGGGCACCUCCACCCAACGCAGGCCCGCCCGGGCCCGGGCCCGGGCCCGGGUCCGGGUCGCCGCCAGGGUACGUUUGGCGCCAAUUCCUGAGGUGCAGACUGUUCAGGCUUCACUAUCUGAAUCUCCAGUGAUGACCAGCCCUUCCCAACGUAUCCAGAUUAUUUCCACAGACUCUUCUGUAGGUUCACCACAACGCAUUCAGAUUGUGACAGAUCAGCAGACAGGUCAAAAAAUCCAGAUAGUGACAGCAGUGGACUCAUCUGUGUCUCCAAAGCAACAGUUUAUUUUAGCAAGUCCAGAUGGAACUGGUACGGGAAAGGUGAUAUUGGCAGCACCUGAGACAUCUAAUGCCAAACAGCUUAUCUUUACGACCACAGACAACAUUGUGCCAGGCAGAAUUCAGAUAGUGACAGACUCUGCUUCGGUGGAACGUUUACUGGGAAAAGCUGAUGUUCAGCGGCCCCAGGUAGUAGAAUAUUGCGUGGUCUGUGGUGAUAAAGCAUCAGGUCGUCACUAUGGUGCUGUCAGCUGUGAGGGAUGCAAAGGCUUCUUUAAAAGGAGCGUGAGGAAGAAUUUGACCUACAGUUGUCGUAGCAACCAGGAUUGUAUCAUCAAUAAACAUCAUCGGAAUCGCUGCCAAUUUUGUAGGCUUAAGAAAUGUCUAGAGAUGGGCAUGAAAAUGGAAUCGGUUCAAAGUGAAAGAAAGCCUUUUGAUGUGCAACGUGAAAAACCAAGCAACUGUGCAGCUUCCACUGAAAAGAUAUAUAUCAGAAAAGACCUACGAAGCCCUUUAAUAGCAACUCCAACAUUUGUAGCAGAUAAAGAUGGGACACGGUCAGCAGGUCUUCUUGAUCCAGGAAUGCUUGUGAAUAUUCAGCAGCCUUUAAUCAGGGAUGAUGGUACAGUCCUCCUAGCUGCUGACUCCAAGGCUGAGACAAGCCAGGGUGCUUUAGGAACACUAGCAAAUGUUGUAACAUCUCUUGCUAACCUCAGUGAGUCACUAAAUAAUGGAGAUACUUCUGAAAUUCAACAAGAAGAGCAAUCCACAAGUGAGAUUACACGGGCAUUUGAUACUUUGGCUAAAGCACUUAAUACCACAGAUGGUACAGCUGCUCAUAACUUGGCAGAUGGGAUGGAUCCUACAGGAGGAGGGAAUAUUCAUGUAAUCAGUAGAGAUCAGUCAACACCAAUUAUUGAGGUGGAAGGACCCCUACUUACAGAUACACAUGUCACAUUUAAGCUGACAAUGCCCAGUCCAAUGCCAGAGUACCUUAAUGUACACUACAUCUGUGAGUCAGCAUCACGACUACUUUUCCUGUCUAUGCACUGGGCUAGAUCCAUACCUGCAUUUCAAGCACUUGGGCAGGAUUGUAAUACGAGCCUUGUGCGUGCCUGCUGGAAUGAGCUGUUUACCUUAGGCCUGGCACAGUGUGCACAGGUGAUGAGUCUGUCUACUAUCCUAGCAGCUAUUGUUAAUCAUCUCCAGAACAGCAUACAGGAAGAUAAGCUUUCUGGAGACAGAAUAAAGCAAGUCAUGGAACACAUCUGGAAACUUCAGGAGUUCUGUAACAACAUGGCCAAGAUUGAUAUUGAUGGAUAUGAAUAUGCAUACCUUAAAGCUAUAGUCCUCUUUAGCCCUGAUCACCCUGGUCUGACCAGUUCAACCCAAAUAGAAAAAUUCCAGGAGAAAGCACAGAUGGAAUUGCAGGACUAUGUCCAAAAAACUUAUCCAGAAGAUACGUAUAGGUUAGCCCGGAUUCUAGUUCGCCUGCCAGCACUUAGGCUGAUGAGCUCUAGCAUUACUGAGGAACUAUUUUUUACUGGUCUUAUUGGAAAUGUUCCAAUUGACAGUAUAAUCCCUUACAUUCUCAAAAUGGAAACAGCAGAAUAUAAUGGUCAAAUAACUGGCACAUCUCCGUAGUGGGAACAACACAAUUUGAUGGAUCAAAGUAAUUUUCAUAAAAACAUACAAUUGACAAGUUAAAAGAAUAGCAUUUUGGUAUGUACAAAUAUUUCCAACUUGUUACACGUUUCCUAUCAGAUUUCUCCUUGUCUGUUUGCCAACAUCGACAAAAUUGAAAUGGCUGUUAAAAGAGCUGCUACAGGACCUUUUCUGCCAUAAGGAGUAUUUUGGAUGCCUUUCAUUCAAAAGGCUAUAGAAUUACUGAACAUAAUUUUCAUGUGCUUUGUAUUUAGAAAUUAUCAGUGCUAAAAAAUAGAGUUUUAUAAUAUCAGAGACUAGUAAUAAGAUUACUUUAAAAGUAAAAAUGACCAGUAUGUAUAUAUUAAAAAUAACCUUGGAAUUAAUAUCUAAUAAUUGCCAGGGUGUAAUACUAGCACUUUGUAAACACUUGUCGCCGAAACGGUAACAUCAUCAAUGUCCUGCUUAUGAGUAGGGAGAAUGAAAAAAAUUACUUAUGUCCUUAGUCAAAAUGCUAGUGAUGUAUGUGAAAAUGUAGAAUGCUACAGGAGACAAUCAUUUAUUCUACAAAAAGUCACUCCAUCUUAUGUUAUACGUUAAAUAGUAAUGUGGAUUCUUAAAUCAGAUAUCUGCAUUAUAUGGAACUAUAUUGUUAAGUUAGUGACAUUGUAAUUAAUGGCAUGGUGUGACCAUAGUGACUAUUACAUGCUACAGAAAUUACCCAAACUAGGAGGAAAAAAAUGUAUUUCUUGCCACAGUAGUGGUGAAUUAUUCAGGUUCAUUGACGUUUCUAUUCAGCCCAAAAGUCAUGAUAAAUGUUAGUCUAGUAGGAACCCUUUUAACUGUGGGGAAAGACAGUCAUUAACUGGAAGAACACUCAUUUUCAGUUAGAGCUGUGAUGCACUUUGAGUAUGCUCUGUGUAUUCCCAAAUUUAUUCCUCUCUGUACUCUUGCACACUCUCAUCAUCCAGCCAAAGAUAGAAUUUAAAACCUGAAA